CUCAGCGUGAUGAUGUCAUAAAUAAAGAGUCUGAAGUCCCCCUCGGUGUGAGCUGCUAUCCUGGUGUGAACUGUUCCUGAAGCAGUGAAAUCACACACACACACACACGUACGACUUCUUGUUUUUGUAGUUUGAGAAGAUCAGACUCGUCGUUUGACUUUUUGUCCUCCAAGCUCGUGGCUCAGGAGUCGUCAGCGCCGUGCGGCACCGUGCAAACAGCUGAUUAGUAACAAACGAUUAGAGAUUAGAUGAUUAUUCAACUGACAGAAAAUCAGGUGAUUCCCUGGAACAGUGCACGUUCAUAGCAGGUUUGCAUUCUCACCUGCAAGCCAAUGGACCAUCACUAUCCUCAUGUCCUAUGGAGGAGGCUUCAACGGACGCACUGAGCGAGUCCGCCAGGCGCCCCACUAUGACCAGGUGCCACGAGGCUCCUUAUCCCGAGAAGACUCCUACGAUCUGCAGCCGCUGAGAGAGCAGAGGGCGCCUCACCUCGCUCAGAGCGCCGACCCCCUCCCGCCUCCGCCUCUGCCGGACCAGCCUCCCGUGGGGCCCGAGUUCGAUCCCAGCGGCAGCGAGGGCGACACCGACCCGGACCACGACCCGGCCAUCGACAUCAAACCGGUCCACCGCUUCAUCCCGGACUCCUGGAAGAACUUCUUCAGAGGAAGCAACCGCAGCAGUAACCAGCCGUGGUCCAUGACCUCCUCCUCGUACAACAACAACAACAGCACCACCGAGGGCGUGCGCUGCUCGCCGCCCCAGUCCCCCUCUGUUCCCGGGUCGUACCGGGACCCCUAUGGCGGCUCAGGCGGCAGCUACAACUCCAGGAAGGAGCUUCUGGAAGUUCACGAUGCCCAAGAAUCUGUGUCGGGCCGCACCUACCGCACAGGCCUGACCUACAGCGAGCGGGUGGAGGAAUACCAUCAGCGCUACGGCUACAUGAAGUCCUGGGGGGGGCUGCUCAGGAUUCUGGGCUGCGUGGAGCUGCUGCUGGGGGCGGCCGUGUUCGCCUGCGUCUGCGCCUACAUCCACAAAGACAACGAGUGGUUCAACAGUUUUGGAUACUCGUCUCCUGGAGGAGGAUACGGAGGUUUGUACGGUGGCAACUAUGGCGGGAGCUACUACACGGGCCCCAAGACGCCGUUUGUGCUGGUGGUGGCAGGACUGGCCUGGGUGGUGACUGUGAUUGUUUUAGUGCUGGGGAUGACCAUGUACUACCGCACCAUCCUGCUGGACUCCUCCUGGUGGCCUCUGACGGAGUUUACCAUUAACCUGGCUCUGGCGGUGCUCUACAUGGCAGCAGGCAUCGUCUAUGUCCGUGACACGACCCGCGGAGGGCUCUGCUCCUACCCGGUCUUCAACAACGGCAUCAACGGGGCGUUCUGCAGGACAGAGGCGGGCCAGACCGCCGCCAUUAUCUUUCUGUUCGUCACCAUGGUCGUUUAUCUGAUCGGAGCGCUCGUGUGUCUGAAGCUGUGGAGGCACGAAGCCGCACGCAGAUACCAGGAGCGGUACGGCCAGGAGAUGCAGCCGUCCGGGAUGCGAGCUGCACAUUCACUGGAUUUUGUAGCUCCCGCUCCCAAAACUGCGGACCAGGUGGAGGGCUCCUCCCUCGUCCUGGUCAAAGCUCCUCCUCCUAAAGCAGUUCCAGCAAAGAUCCUGCAGGGAGCCAUACCGUCAGGACACAUUCCUAAACCUGUCGUUGUGCCCGACUAUAUUGCGAAGUACCCGACCAUUCGGACCGACGAGGAGCGGGACCAGUACCGGGCCGUGUUUAACGACCAGUACGCAGAGUACAAAGAGAUCCACUCGGAGGUGCAGGUGACCCUCAAGAAGUUUGAUGAGAUGGACGCCAUGAUGCGCAGUCUGCCGCAGCACCCGACCAGCCAGAUGGAGGUUGAACGCAUCAGCAGAAUCCUUCAGGAUUACCAGAAGAAGAAAAAUGACCCGACGUUCCUGGAGAAGAAGGAGCGCUGCGAGUACCUGAAGAGCAAACUGUCUCACAUCAAACAGAAGAUCCAGGAAUACGACAAAGUCAUGGAGUGGAACGACGGCUACAGCUAAACCUCCGAGGCGCCUCCACCCCGACAAAGACAGAACUAAGAACUGAUGCUGACGGAGAAAAUAACAUUUUAACUGGAAACACUGGAAACGAAACCAGACCACAGGAGCGCCGGGGGGGGGGGGGUCAGUCUGGGAGUAAAACAUUUAUCAGCAGUUCUGUUUGUAUGUGUUUGUUAAAACCCACAAGUAGAAGCAGAAGGGUUGAAUGUUUUAUGCUUUUUUGGGAAAUUCACCGGAGGGUUGAUCAGUCUUAACUCUCUCAGCAAAGACCUCCGAGCUGCUGCACGCACCUCUACAGCUCACAGGUAACAGGUUAUACAUUGUUCUGGAGUAGAAAUGACAGUUAGCCAUUUGACUGGGUUUAAUAUGCCGGAUUAUUUUCUUUAUAAUCCUCCAUUAAACAUCAAACUCUCAUUUUUUUAUUCGUCUGCGUCGGCGACAGUCGGAGCCGGAGGCAGAUUGUUUUCAGGUUGUCCGUCCCGUUUCUCAUGGACGUGAUCUCAGUAACACCUUGACACAAGUUUUUCAGAUUUGGCACAAACAUUCACUAGGAGUCAAGGAUGAACUGAUUCGAUUUUGGUGGUCAAAGGUCAAAGGUCAAGGUCGCAGUGACCUCACGACACACAGUUUUGGCCUCUUGAAUGUGGUAUCUUAAGACCACCUUGAGGAAAUUUAGAUUUGGCACAAACAUUCACUCGGACUCAAAGAUGAAGUGAUUGGAUUUUGUCACGGUUCAAGGUCACGGUGACCUCAUGUUCUUAUGAAUGUGAUAUGUAUCGGGAACGCCACUGUGACCUCACAAAACAUGUUUAUACUCACAAGUUCAGACACUGAUUAUAACACAGUUUAACUCAAUUCACUAUUAGGAUGAAAAUGAAGUGAUGACGUUUUAUAUCCAAAUGGUCAAAGGUCACGGUGAUGUCAUAAUGUUCUGUAAAAACACUUGUGGCCAGUAUUCAACGCUGUAACUCAGGAAGGAGCGAUUGUGACUGUAUUUCUAGUUACACUAAAGUUUUUGUACGGAUCAAACAGACAAUGUGAUGGUGAGCUUUAGAGGUGCUUGUAGGCAGCUUGCGCUAGCUGUUUCCCUUGGUUUACAGUCUUUGUGCUAAGCUAAGCUAACAGUCUCCUGGCUGCUGACAGAUAUGAGAGCGGUAUUGGUCUCAGACUCAUGGAUCCCACUGUGUGUGUAUAUAAUGUGUGUGUGUGUGUGUGUGUGUGUGUGUGUGUGUGUGUGUGUUUGAUACUGUGACUGUAAUUGUAGUUUAACCACUUCAUUUCCCAAACGACUGGAAUCCGACGUGAAUGUUUGCGUGAAGAGAUGGGAGAUGUUGUCAGAUGGAAGAAGGGACAGAGAGGAAAUAUAAAAUAUGCUGCAUUAUUCCUGUCCAGGUUUACCUCCUCCUCCCUGCAGGUCCGCCCACCUGUCUGUCAGUCUCCGUGUUUGUCAGCUGUCUAAAUAAAUUUCCCAACUUCCCAGCCUGACAUGAAAACCACUGCUUGUCCCGAUAAAUCCCGUCUGAGCUGCUGUGAGGAUUGUUUUAAUUUUUAUAUGUAACUGAAUUUGGAAAUAUACAUGAUACAUGUCCUAUUGUGACUUUGUCCCUCCAUUUCAUAGAUUAAACAUUUUGUACUUUGUCAAUUAAAUACCCUCAGUGCCUAAACAUCUCCAUUUGACCUUCUUUCAUACUGUAAAACACUGAACCCUCAAAUGCCGUCAUAAGAUGUGUAUUUCUCUUACGUUAGCAGGUAGAACUGUAAAUAUUCUGCUGUAAAUGUCCACAUACUUUCAUAAUUGAAGUGAUUACUUGGUGCUUUCUGUCCUCAGAUUACAGUUCUGCUCAUCCACCGAGUCUCUGCUGCUUUUCCAUCAGCAGGUCGAUUCUUCUUGAAGAGAGACCUCUGUGCUCUGUAAGCUAAGCUAAAUAAAUAAACUGUCUAAAUAAUUAACAUAA